AUGCGCAGACGAGUGGUCAUCAUAGGUAUAGGUGGAGCAAGCUGCUCGGGCAAGACACUCUUGGCCAAACACAUACGAUCCGUUCUACCUCCAGGUUCGACCAUUGUACAUCAAGAUGACUUCGUGCCCCCGAUAGAUCAAGUCCCAUACUCUGAUCGUUAUCCAGAUUUGCAAGAUUGGGAUGAUCCCCCUACCUGCGUCAUCUGGCCCGACUUUCGAGCUUGUCUAAAGCAUGUGCGCCGAAAAGGUGUCUUACCCGACCAUCAUUCCUCUCAUGAUCAUCUGAAUAAACAAGUGGAAAUACCGCUGGAUCCCCAAGCUGUCGAUAGGUUCAGGAUAGAGUUUCAACGGUUCAACGCGGAGAUGAAUGCGGAAGGGACGGAACUUGUGUGGUUUUUGGUAGAUGGCUUUGUGUUGUAUUGGGAUAGAAUCCAGGAAGUGAUCGAUCAGAUGGACGUUAGAAUUCUCUUAAAGGUACCUCACGAUCUUCUCAAACAACGUAGAGAAGAGAGGCAAGUCUACGUGUUACAAAAUCCCGAUGAUGCUGCAGGUGGAGGAGUGUGGGUCGACCCACCAAAUUAUUUUGACAAGAUCGUUUACCCGGCCUAUGUCAAAGCUCACGAUGGUUUAUUCGAUGGAGGUGUAGAAACGGAAACGUUGAAGAGAGAAUGGGAGGAUAGGUUGUUCAUCUCUUCUCCUAGUGACGGUGCGGAAGAGAUGGUAAAAUGUUUCACGGAAUGCUGUGAGGAGAUUAUCAGACAAUGUAGGGAAGGUGCCGGCGCAUUCUUACUACCAUACAAAUCGUAA